AUGCAUCUCUCUCCGGAGAGUCUUUAUUUACGUUUCUUUCUCCUCCCACUUCCUUUUUUUUGGCUCUCUGUCACCUUUCCCGAAAAAAAAACGUGUUGGGAACUCCAUCCUAUAACUGGUCAGAUGGUUCUGGUGUUUUCUGAAAAUGGAAGUAUUCAGAUGAAAAAUGACCGGAAGUACUGGUAUUUUCUACUGGCACUUGGAACACUUGCCCUUCUCAAUGCACUAGUCUCCACUAUCACAAAACCUAUGGAACUGAUGCAUCAUUUCUCAGUUAUCAAUAUCCACUGGAUCAACACAAUUAUCUUCUUGGCUGGGCUUUCUCCGUUCAUUUUCCCACAAAAAACUUUGAAAUCUGAAACUGCCAUAGUCGUUGUCAACGUGCUCAGCUUCUGCAUUUGCGUCAGUUGUGCGUUUGCAGACCUUGGAAAUCUAGCCAUCAAAACAUUUGGAACUCCAAACAACACUGGAAUACUCUCUAAUUUUAUCAGCGAUGAUGAAAUUGAAACGAGAGACCAUCUGUUUGCAUACAACUGUCUAGAUUUGGCAAUAUGCGUUCUUGCCGCAUGCAUGUCUCAUAAACUGAUUGUCAAUCGUAUCGAGGCUUCUCCGAAUACUGAUAGUCGCCGCUUCCAAGGCUAUGGAGUUGCACUGAUUAUCAUGACAGUCACUGGAUUAGCAAAUCAUAUGUGGCAACGACUUAUCAUGGUGAAUCACAAGCAGGCAAUAUUUCUGGACAUGCACACAAUUGAUGAGUUCUCUUGGCUUGUUAUCAAUUUGGCUACCGGAGUUUUUGUGUUUUUGUCUUCAAGAUCAAAUCAAAUCAUUCAAAGUACAUCGUUUGUUUUGUCUGGGGCAACUAUUUAUCCCUCAUUUUUCUAUGCUUGGCUGGAUUAUAGAAUCAUGACAUCUGCACACUCAAAGUUCCUCUUCCGUCAAGCCAUCACCUCUUUGAUGAUCGCAAUUCCCCACAUGUUUGUUCUUCUGACCAUCUUUCUUACAUUCAUUAUGACCAGAAGAGAUGCCACGCGUGUUCAGCUGACCCAUUUGAACAAAGUGAUCUUCAUGGGCUUCUCAGUUUUCUUCCUAACCAUUUCCCUUUCUCUGGUCAAUGUCAAUUUGUAUGCACUAUUCACCAAACAAUUCUACAAAAUCUUCCACAGCAGCGAGCAAAAACUCCCAUUUCUCACUGCAUUCAUGUCUCUUUUCACUGGAUUGAGUGUGGCUACCAAGUUCAAUUACAUCACGAUUGCUGCUUCUUUAGUCAUUGGAAUUCUAGCUAUCAACGCAACAUAUCUCCACAUCUUUUCCUACAUCUACCUUCAAUUUAACGGGUAUUUCAUUGAUGGCACGAGCUCCGAGUUUUUGGUUUUACCAGCAGACAAAUAUGAUAAUGGGACUGAAACUUCGAGUGUGCACACAAUAGAAACCUCAUUAAAUGUGUUAUCAUUCAUUGGAUCCAGUGUUCUUGUUUUGUUUUUGGCAUACUUGGCAAGAACCGCCCUCCCACCACCGGACAACACCGAAGAAUCCACAGAAGAGAUUUUAGUGAAGAAGAAACACGAGAAAAGUGUGUUAGGACUCGGAGUGGUUAUGCUCUUCUCAGCAGUUUUCGUGCUGUCUCUGGCCUUCUACGUCUUCUUCCGAACCAAAAGUCCUCAUCCACUAGUCACUAUUUAUUCUCAAUUAUUCCAUGUGGUUCUUGCCCUUUCGAUCACUUCAUAUGCUUUAUUUCAAGUGCUGGUAGCAGAACAUUUGUCUCGAUUCCCAAUUCUCAGUUGUGCUCUCAUCAUUUUAUCAGUUAUCAGAGCGUUAGACAUUCUGACUCAAAUCGAUUACAAAGAUAUUGGAAACCAACCACUUACAUGGACAAUACACGCCCUUGUGGAGUAUAUGGCAAUGUUCUUCCACUUUGCCACCAUUGCUAUUGUAUUCCGAAUUGAAGGAGCUGGUCGACCUCUCAUCGAACCUGCUGAGAUCCCUAUGUCGUUCGAAAAUCCACUUGGCAAUGCUACAGAUGAAAACGGGUAUAUUAUGCUCCGAACUGCAGAAAAUGAGCAAACAGAUUAA